UGCUCCCUGCCUGCUGUCUCCGUUCCUCUUCACCUCCACCGUGGUUUUCCAGGAAAGACCUGAGCUCUCUGAGAUGCUGCUGGAGCAGGGGAAGGGCUCAAGGAGGGCUGGAUGGAUCCUGCAGGUCAGCAACUGGUCCUGCUUAACCUCUUCAUUAAUGAUCUGGAUGAUGAGGCAGAGGGUAGCUGCAGUGUACCAAGUUCACUGAUGACACCAAAUUGGGAGGAGUGGGUGACACACCAGAGGGUCGUGCUGCUGUCCAGAGGCACCUUGACAAGCUGGAGAAAUGGGCUGAAUGGCACAUCAUGCAGUUUAACAAGAAGUGCAAAGUCCUGCACCUGUGAAGGAAGAAGCCCAGGCAACGUGCUGGGGACCACCCAGCUGGAAAGCAGCUUGGCAGAAAAGGACAUGGGGGUCCUGGUGGGCACCAGGUUGAACAUGAGCCAGAAAUGUGCCUUUGCAGCAAAGAAGGUGACUGGUAUCCAGAGCUGCAUUUAGAGGAGUGUUUCCAGCAGGCUGAGGGACGUGAUCCUUCUCCUCUAUUCAGCACUGGUGAGGCCACCCCUGGAGUGCCGGGUCCAGUUCUGGGCUCCCCAGUGCAAGAGAGACAUGGACGUACUGGACACUCCAGCGAAGGUCCAUGAAGAUGACGAAGGGACUGGAGCAUCUGUCAAACGAGCAAAGGCUGAGAGAGUUGGGACUGUUAAACCUGGAGAAGAGACGGCUUGGAGGCUCUUGGUGGUGCCUGCUGAUGGGACAGGAGGUAAUGGGCACAACCCUAAAUACAUGAAAGUCCAUCUGAAGAGGAGAAACCACUUUUUUACUAUGAGGGUGGUCAACCACUGGCAGAGAUUGUCCAGAGAGGCUGCAGAGUCUCCAUCCUUGGAGAUACUCAAAACUAGACAAUUUCCUAAGCAACCUGUUCCAGUUGACCCUGCUAGAGCAGGGGUUGGGGUGGCCAAUGUCCAGAGGUCCCAGCCCAUCUCCAUGACUCGGCACAGCGUGUCAAUACUGGUCUGCCUGCCCGUAGGUGUAUCUUUCCACAAUCUUGUGCAAGAACUUUUCUCGUUUGCAUGGACUCUUUGAAGUCAGCAGUUUAUUUCCAAAUAUGAACAUUAAAAAUUGGGUCCUUCUGGAGCAGUGUACUUCUAUGGCUGCCACAUGAGGCACUGCAAAGUGCAUUUAUGCCUGUUGCUGCUUCACUGUGUAUUUGCUUUUUAGAUACAGGUAUUGCUCUAAUUUUCUAUAUUUAAUGUUUGAUGAAUGUAUGAAACUACAAGCACGGUGGUGAUGUCUUCACAUUGCAGGAGGUUACCUUGAGGGAAGGACAGAUUUUGCUAUGGGGGCACCAUUCCAGCUGUCAGUGGAGAGAUGUCAAUACAUGACAUUUGUGUUUCUAGGCUAAACAGAGAGGAAACCCCAGCCAGCUCCAGCGGCUGGUGGGGGUGGCAGCCCCGCUGAUCGCUGGCAGCCUCCCUGCACAACCCUAUGUCCUACCCGGAAAACACGGGGUAGGAGUGCUUCUGCUUGCACCCUUUUACUUGCUUUUGUAGCAAGCCUGGUACCUGAGGAUAUACAUGCGUAAAGCUCAUGCCCGCAGCCUGCGUUGUCAAGUGCCCACUCCUGGCUGCUGCUUUCACUGUUGCACUGCUCUUCCCAUGGGGAAACUGAGGCACGAACUGCUGCUGCCGCUCGGAAGGCACCGAAACCCUCCCGGCCACCCCGAGCCUGCUGUCCCCGUGGGGCUGCGUGCCUGGGAGUCUCCCGCAGCUUUUGGCAUGGUGCCGGGCUGGUUCGUGCCCAGACUUCCUCACACUUGCCAAGUCCUCUGCGCCGCUCGACGUGGCAGCAGCGUCCCUCCCGUUCAGCUCCCUCGGAGGGGUACACACCGAAGGCAGCCCGAGCAUCCCUGUCGAGGCAGGCAGCAGGGCAGGCAGCGGGAGGCGGGCGCUGCCCGCACCACUGGCAGCGGGAUUCCCUCCGCUACCGCUUUCGCUUUGCUGUUUCCAGACCUGCCAGGCCGCGGAUUUUCCUGCUAAUCUGAAAGCGCAAUCGCAGCGAGCAGGCAGCAUAAAAAGCUGAGGAGAUGGGGCAGCGAGGCAGCCACAGCAAGGAGGCAAAGCAGCUGCCCGGGACCAGCCGCCAGCCCAGCAGCCCUGCAGCCGAGCGAGCCACCCGCGGCAACACCGUCAGGCAUCUCUACAGCAGGGAUUUAGCGGAUCCGGCCCAAAGUGCUCCAGUUCGUCCUCUGGCUUCUUGCACCGCAGCCCCCUCACCCCAUUGUAACCUUCUCACCGUUGGGCUCUCGUCGGCAAAAUGCUGCACCUUGACCUCACCCUGCUGCUUGCGCUGGUGCUGGGGUCUGGCCUCGGGGCCGCCUUUCCCCAGGACGCCCUAAAGAAGAGCUGCAGCCUGUCCAAGUACCAGUUCCUCGUGCCCCAUGAGCUGAAGGCUGUGCAGAAGAUGAAGGAGCAGUUUGAGGACAUCAUGCUGCUGUCGGACCGCAAAUGCAACACCAGGCUCUUCCAUCGGAAAUGGAGGAUAGCGGAGCUGUUGGUGCCUGACCGAAUGGUGCUGGUGGAAGCCGAGCUGGCCCUCGCCACCGCCAUGCUGGGGCUCCCCGCUGCCCCCAGUUUCGCUGAGACGCGCCAGCGGCCCUUGGCCUUCCUCACCCAAGCCCGGGAGGACCUGCGAGGCUGCAUGGCCAUGGAGGCUCCUUCGCAUCAGCCCUCCGGGAAACUGAGGCACUGGCUGCAGAAGCUGCAGACGGCCAAGAAAACGGAGACCCCCGGCUGCCUGGAGGCCUCCGCCAUCCUCCAUCUCUUCCAAGUGCUGAAUGACCUGCGGUGCACAGCCCUCCGGGAGCAAUGCACUUAGCCCCCGCUGGCAGCGUGGCCGGCACGGCACGGCAUGGCACUCACCGACUGCAAAGGGUGCCCCAAGGACCGGGAAAAAUUAUGUUUAUUGCAUCACUGGACUGUAUUUCCUAUUUAAGCAUUUUUCUUAUUUAUGUGAACUCAGGGAGCAAUUUGGGUUUUUUACAGUCUUUUAAAUUAUUUGGGUUUAUUGUAUAUUUAUAAAUGGCUCGGGAGGAGGUAAAGAAAUGCCAUUCCUGACCGAUGCUGUUCAAUGGGGAGGAGUGUAUUUAUUGGGUAUCUUUGUUUUGCUGGUUUUCAAAACACUGACCAUUUUUAAGGAAAUCUAUUUUUGUACCUAUUUAUUACAGGCUAUAUUAUGUGUAUUUACCUGUAUAAAUUAUUUUUUUAUGUGCUAUUUAA